AUGUCGUUUUGUGGGGUUGAUGCUGUAAAUACACGGGGCGGCAUAGCAGUUUUUUGUUGGGGGCCGUUUGUUAUGGAAGUGGUCAAGUCUUCUAGGAACUAUGUUUUCUGUAAAGUAACUGCAAUAAAUGGAAAAAUGUGGCAUUGCCUUUUCUUGUACGGAGAAUCUCAAGUAGAACUUCGGGUGGCUUUAUGGGCUGAAUUAUACCAUCUGCUGCACCAGUAUACGCAUUACAUUAUAGUUGGGGACAUAAAUCAAGUUGACUAUUAUUCAGAUAAGCUAGGAGGAGCUAGCUUAAUCAGAGGGUGGGAGGAUUUUGUGUCUUGGAAACACGGUCUGGAGCUAUGCGAUCUGCCUUUUCAUGGCCCCCGGUUCACUUGGUCAAACAACAGAACAGACUCGGGGCCUAUCAUGGAGCGUCUAGAUAAAGCUUACGCUUCUUUGGGAUGGCUAGAUGAGUUCCCUUUGACUAUUGUUCAAAACCUACCGAUUGUCCAAUCGGAUCAUGCUCCUAUAUGGCUCCAAACAAAUCCACAAACUACAAAAUCCUUUAGACCUUACCAAAUCGAGAACUGGUGUCUAAAAUAUCCGGAGGUAAUUCAGGCUAUUCACAAGAUUUGGCAACUGAGAAUAGUAGGUUCGCCAAUGUACACUCUCGCUAGAAGGUUGGAUUUACUAAGAAAACGACUCAAAGUUUGGUGUCUGGAUAAACGAAUGUUUUGGGGGAUUAACUGGCGCAAAGUCUUUACAGAGCUUCAACAUCAGGAUAAUCAGGUAAACACGGUAACCCAAGGGGUCUCCCUAGUUCUUCGACAUCGAUCACUAAUGGAGGAAGCUUCACUAGCUUUGUCCUUCUGGCAUCAAAGGAUCAAAGAUCGUCACCUAAAGUUAGGGGAUGUGCCUUCAAAGUUCUUAUUUAAUAGAUUAAGUCAAAAGAAACAACAAAACUAUGUAUAUAUGCUUAAAACAUCGGCAGGAGAAUGGGUCGAAAAUCAAACAACAAUUGCCCAAAUGCUCAGUUCUUAUUUUCAAGACCUAUACAAAGCAUCAGAAAGAGGGGUCUCGGACAUCAGAACUAGGGGGGAGGAAAUUGAUCUAGCUUUGAGAGAGCUUAACUUGCCAUGCCUUUCACAGGAGGAAUCUCAGACCUUGUUAAGUUCAAUCACGGAUCAGGAAAUUCGAGAUGCAAUUUUUGAUGUAGCAAAUGAUAAAUCGCCUGGUCCGGAUGGGGUCCCGUUAGAAUUUUAUAAACUUCACUGGGAAAAUAUUGGACCCUCGGUAAGGCUAGCAAUUAAGCGAUUUUUCACUACUGGGCACAUCCUUCAUGAGUGGAAUAAAACCUUGCUGGUUCUUAUUCCAAUGGUUACUCCCCCGAAGGAGGUAAGCCAAUUUCGGCCCAUAAGCCUUUGUAACGUUAUAUACAAAGGAAUAGCAAAGUGUAUGGUCAACAGGAUGAAACCCCUGUUUCCGCGACUCAUAGAUGAUUAUCAGAACGCCUUUGUUUUGGGACGUCAUAUGGACGAUAACAUUUUGAUUUCUCACGAAUUAACUCACAUCAUCAAUAAACAAAGAACGGGCACCCGUCAUCUGGCAGCCUUAAAGCGAGAUAUGAAUAAGGCAUAUGACAGAGUAAGCUGGUUGUUCAUUUUAAAGGUCUUGGGUGCCUAUGGUUUUCCUCGGUUUUGGAUUCAACUUAUCCAACAGUGUAUCGAAACAGUGUCAUACAGAGUUUUAAUCAAUGGGACGACAACCCCAAGUUUUACUCCACAAUGUGGUUUGCGACAGGGGGACCCACUAUCACCAUAUCUUUUCCUAUUCUGCAUGGAUAUCCUAUCUCGGAUGACGACGCUGGCAACAGAUAUUCGUCAUCUUAAAGGUAUCAAGAUUGGCAAGCAAGGGCCGACAUUUUCGCACCUCUUCUUUGCCGAUGAUGCUCUAUUCUUUUUUCAAGCUUCUGAAGCGGCCUGUUCUACAAUCAAUGCUCUCAUUACUAGAUUUUGCACUAUUUCGGGAGAAAUGAUCAAUCGUCAUAAAUCUUUCGUGAAGUUCAGUCCCAACAUAUCCGAGGAACAACGUCAUGUUUAUAAGACUUGGCUCCAGCUGGAAGAUAAACCUUCUCUUGGCUCGUAUUUAGGGUCUUCAAUUGAUAUCCAAGGUCCCAAGGUUCCUCAUUUUACUUUCCUUCUGGACAUCAUUUCCCGGAAAAUAGCCACCUGGAAUCAAAAAUGGCUCUCCCAACCGACAAAACUCAUAAUUAUAAACUCUAUUCUGGUAGCUACAAUCAUGCAUCACCUAUCCAUUUUCCAAAUCCCCACCACUAUUGCCAACAAGUUGGAUGCUAUGAUAGCUAGAUUUUUCUGGAAAAACAACUCUCAGUCUGGGAUUCAUUGGAAAAGAAAGGAAAUCAUUCAUCAACCAAUGGGGCAAGGUGGUCUUAGCAUACGUAAUAUCGGAGCUUUCAAUAAAGCUUUUCUCAUGAAACAAGUAUGGCGCAUUAUCCAUAAGCCUCAACAAUUGCUAUCUAGGGUCUUCAAAUCUUCAAACCAGCAAGAUUCCUGGAUUCGACCAUCCAAGCAUAAUAUAUCGGUUGGUCGUCGGGGACUCCUCAUGGCCAGCAACUCAUUAAAAGAGACAUGUGUUUGGAAAGUGGGUAAUGGCACUUCUAUCAGAGCGGUGACGCAACCAUGGGUACUCGGAAAAAUUCCAACAUUUCGAGAUGGGGUCAACUUAAGCACAGUGGCUAGGACUUUUGUCGCGGACCUGAUACUCCCUAACAAUCAGGGUUGGAAUGUUCGCUAUCUUUAUAACCUAUUCACACCACAUGAUGCUCGAAUGAUACAACGUAUGGAACUGCCAAAAUCGUCGAACACUGACGACCGAUUAUAUUGGCCACUAACGCGAUCCGGCGUCUACAACACGAAGUCAGGUUACGGGGUUUUAGUACAACAACAACAACAUGAAAUUAAUAGCAUGACAACCCCUGAGGACACGAAGUUUUUUCGUCUUUUAUGGGGGUUGAACAUCAUGCCAAAAUGGAAAUUUUUUGUCUGGAAAAUAUGGCAUAAUAGUCUGGCAACAGCUUCCAACCUCCAGAGGAGGGGCAUCAUGACCUCCAAUCACUGCCAAGUAUGUCUGCAUGACAAUGAAGACGACCAGCAUGUCUUCAGAUUUUGUCCGCUAGCCAUUGAAGCCUGGGAGAGAAACGAGAUUCAACUCCAACCGUAUGACAACCCCUCAAUGAGGUUUGGCUUCCUGGAUAGUCUUCUGGAUAGAGAAAUGGAUUAA